AUGUGUCCCCUGGUUAGAGCCGGAAUCGUGAGCGGUGGACAGAUCCAACCUUCAAUAACAUACAAUUCUAGUAUGCAGAACUUGAGUGUCCACAUCAUUGAUCCCACGGCUCCAGAAGUGUAUACUGUCGACCUCUCCCGAUCAGUUAACAUGACAGAGCAUUUGCCAGAAUGGGUGACGGUCGGUUUCUCGGCGGCCACCAAGGCGACUUCUGAGUUGCAUACUCUGUACUCAUGGGAAUUUAGCUCUAAUCUACGUGUCAACGAAAUUGCUAAAUUGGGGGACUUUGGCUUGGGUAGGCUAGCUGACCAUGCCAAAGGGGUACAAACGAUUGUGUUGACCGGAACGAUAGGCUAUAUGGCUCCUAAAUGCUUUUACACAGGAAAAACCAGUAAGGAAUCGGAUGUAAAUAGCUUUGGUAUUGUCUUCUUAGAAAUAGCGAAUGAAAAACGAGUCGUGGAUUCAUGGGCAACAGAAGGACAAGUUGGACUCUUGGAUUGGGUUUGGGAGCUCUAUGGAAUUCUAAAGCUGGUAGACACACUGGACCCGAAACUAGGCAGGGAUUUCAAUGAGAAUUAA